UGCAUGAAUUCGGGGUCUCCGGACCGGACACUCUGCCGCAAGGUUUCGGUGAACCAUAAAUAUCUGACCACCACUGUACCGAUACACGUGUUACUCGGACGUAAGCUGAAUUGCCAAACCUGGGCUACCUUGGCUGUACGCCCUAGAUUGGACUUGAACGGCACAUUGAAUACAGAUCUGAAUGGGAGGGAGGGAGGCUUCGCGCUGCGCGCCAUACGAAGACAUGAAUAAGGACGGAUGAAGUCAUCGCCUGCGCUUCUCGCCCACCAAACACUGCCAAUGCAGUGAUCGAUAUGGUCUCGGCUGCAGAGGCCUCGUUCUUCCAAUCGUAUGUAAAGAACGAGGUCAUGGAAUGUGCGAUGCUUCUUUGAUAAACCUAUGCGCUCAAGAGAGAGGUGAGAGGAGGUAGCUUGUCCAUAAGGUAAUUUGUCCAUAAUACCGAUCACCUACCGUCUGUUCAAUGCGAGCGGUGCCUGUUAAACAUCAUAGCCUUGUUGGCAUCCGUGUAGAAUAUAUGAUAGUGAACGAAUUUAUUCAAAUGUUCUGUCAAUAGGCUAGAUAUUAUUUCUCGUCUGCACACGUGAGAUGCAGAUGCAACGCUGGCUGUCACGCGGACCGUGUAGGCUUCCAGAAGUCAACGUGGGUUGAAUUCUAGACAAAAUGUGUUCAUUUUGGAAAUUCAACAAAGUGCGCAAUAAAACACCAUGAAAUACAGACUUUGGUUAUAAUCUGGACUGUGUUCUAAUUCAUGGUGCAGCAGUUUGUUGACGUGUUUCAAAGGAAUGGAUAAGUUUCUGCAAAUCGCCCCGCAUUCGCUGGCCAUAGUGCUGUCGCGGGUCGGCGCCGAGGACAAGCCAGCCGUCACCGAAAAGCUCCAGCAUCACCAUACAGGCUAUGAGAUAUUCGCGGACUUCAAAGCUGAGAAUAUGCAGCAUUUCUGGAACAAGAAAGUCACUGACGCCAUAUCAGAGACGUUCUUCCUCGGCUGGAUAGACGAGCACGUACUACUCAUCCAGGGGAAGGAAGAUCACCUCGAGGUGCUGCGGGAAGGAUGGACCCGAAGAGCUCUCAAACCACCCCGCGGGUUCGAGAUUAAAUGCAUAGGUGAUGUAUCUCCCAUCAGUAUGUCACCGAUCAGCCAGUCCCAGUUCAUCCCGCUGGGGGAGAUUCUGUGUCUGGCCAUCUCAGCCAUGAACUCGGCCCGCAAGCCCGUCACUCAGGAUGCGCUCAUGGAACACCUCGCCACCUGCUUCCCAGGGGUACCGACGCCUAGCCCGGAGAUUUUGAGGCAUACUCUGAACAUGUUGGUGCGGGAGAGGAAGAUCUAUCCCACACCGGAGGGCUACUUCAUCGUCACACCGCAGACCUACUUCAUCACGCCCUCCCUCAUCCGCACCAACAGCAAGUGGUACCACCUGGACGAGCGGAUAUCUGAGCGCCAGCAACAACAACAGCAACAACAACAACAACAACAACAACAACAACAGCAGCAGCAGCAACAGCAGCAGCAGCAGCAACAACAACAACAACAGCAGCAGCAGCAGCAGCAGCAGCCGUCUUCAGUGCAGCAGUGUACAUCUCCGCAGUCUGGGACGAUUACUCCAUCGACGUCGGGCUGUGUGCGGGAACGGGAACGCGAUCGUGAACGUGAACGUGAGCGUGAGCGGCCCCGUGAGCCGCACCACAAGAAUCACUGCGAGCCGUACAACACGUACAACCGGGACGAGCUUGCGGGUCACCACACGUCCACGCUGCCGAGAAAGUCAUCCAAGGAGCCUAAGGGAGAUCCGCCGUCCUACCCCCAGCCACCGCCCCCUCCUCCCCAAGCCCAGCACCUACUCCCGCCCGAGCCCACCGACAAGACCAAGAGCACAGCUGCCUUCUCCUACAAGACGGACACGCUUACUAAGAAGAAGGAAGGGAGUGGAGGCGGCGGAGGUGGAGGAGGGGGCACUAGCGAGAAGCAGUCCAAGAAGUUCGGGCUGAAGCUGUUCCGCCUGAGCUUCAAGAAGGACAAGACCAAGCACCUGGCCACCUUUUCCGCCCAGUUCCCGCCCGAGGAGUGGCCGCUGCGAGACGAGGACACCCCGGCCGGCGCCGCCAUCCCCCGCGAGGUGGAGAUGGAGAUCAUCCGCCGCAUCAACCCGGACCUGACGGUGGAGAACGUGGCCCGGCACACGGCCGUCAUGAAGCGCCUGGAGGAGGAGCGGGCGCAGCGGAGCAAGGCGGGCUCGUCGGCGCAGCACAGCGCACGCAGCCGGCGCAGCCGCGGACACCGGCGCGCGCCCCACGGCAAAUCGCGCUCGCACAGUAAGACGCGGGCGUCGCGCGGCGACCCGUCCGAGAGCUCGCACCUGGACCUGGUGGCGGCAGUGAACGCCGACCGCGACUACCGCUUCUUCAGCCACUCGCUGGUGCGCUCGCCGCGCGAGGGCAUGUACACGGUGGAGCGCAGCCGCGCUGGCGGAGCCUACCUGGUGCACAGCAACCCCAACAUCGCCGAGUCGCACUUCCCCGUCACGCCCGAGUGGGACGUGUCGGGUGAGCUGGCCAAGCGGCGGACAGAGAUGCCCUUCCCUGAGCCGUCGCGUGGCACAUCGCACUCCCGCGUGCACCGCAGCCACAGCCACACGCAGGACCGGAAGUCGCGCAACGAGCGGCCGGACAAGGCCAAGGAGCGCUCACGCUCGAUGGACAACUCCAAAGGGCCACUGGGAGGGGCUCCGUCCUCACUGGGCACCCCAGAGGACUACGACCGCAGUCCCGAUGACCGCAGCCGUUACUACACGGACGACGGCACGCUGCGGGCAUCGUCGCAACAGGGACCGCACUACUCACGCAUCAUGUUCUCGGCUGCCAAGUUCAGCUCGGAGGUGUGCGUGCCGGACGUGGGCAAAGGCGGCCUGGACGAGUCGCGGCUCUGCAGCCCGCUGGAAAGGAACAAGAGCCGCGACAGCCUGCCCGCCUACAGCGAGCUGAAGGCCCUGUCACCCAAGCCGCUGACCGACGACUACUUCCAGUGCAACACGUCCAAUGAGACCAUCCUGACGGCGCCGUCGCCCCUGAGCAAGGCCGACCACGACACGCUGACCUCGUCGGAUGGGAUCAGGAAAGGCUCGCCGGCUGACAGGCAGACGCCGCACCUCACGUCGCCCCACUCGCUCGAGUACAAGGAGGACUCGUCCUCCAAGGGACAUGGUGGCUCGGGCAAGCCCACGCCCAGCCAGACCCCAGAACCCUUGCCCAACGGACGUUUGAUACCGCACCAACACAACGCCGACCCAGGGGGAGGUGCUGGCGGAGGAGGUGGGGGAGGAGGAGGAGGGGGAGGAGGGGGCAGCGGAAGCGGCUCGGGGAGCCUGAGCAGCAGCCUAGUCGACAAGCGGAAGGAGAUCUUCAGCAAAGACACUUUGUUCAAGCCCCCGCACAACUUGCUUAGCGUGGGGUACUCGGAUGGCAGCAGCACCAUUGGUGGAUGUUACUCCAAGUCGGGCACGCUGCGGAAGGCGCCCCACUCCAAGUCGGCCGAGGUGCUGGACAGCCUGGAUUCUGGCCCCCAGUCACUGCAGUCGCUGCCCCCCAACUCUGCACCCUCGCCCGCCUCUGUACCCGUGCCACCCGGCUCCGACCAGACGGCGGUGCCCUCCGCCUCGGAGGCCGGCUUUGACUAUUACAACGUCUCUGACGACGAGGAGGAGGACGACGCGGAGGACCCCUCGCGCAAGGACACGGGCUCAGCCGACGGGAAAGGCCGGGUCGAGAGCGGGCCGGUGGGUAGUACAGGGGGAGGCGGAGGGGUGUGUGGCGGUCCAGGCGGCGGAGGCACCAUGCAGUGGCUGCUCGAGAGGGAGAAGGAGCGCGACCUGCAGCGGAAGUUCGAGACCAACCUGACCCUUCUCAGCCCCAAGGAGACGGAGAACAACAGUAGCCAGAAGUCGGCCCACUCGGCUCGGCUCGACAGCAUGGAUAGCAGCAGCGUGACGGUCGACAGCGGCUUUAACUCUCCACGUACGCGUGAGAGCCUGGCCUCCAACACCUCCAGCAUAGUGGAGAGUAACCGGCGGCAGAACCCGGCCCUGAGUCCCGGCCACAUGGGCACCACCAGCAUCGGGCCACCUUUCGGGUUCCGCAGCAUCCCCGAGCCACCCACCACCCAGCCCGAGAAACUGCAGAAGUCCCCCAACUGCUUGGCCUCCAUCACUAGUGUCUGACCACAGUGACCCCCCUCCCCCCCACCCUCCGAGAGAAGAGAGGAUAGGGAGGGCAGGAUGGAGAGGAGGAGAAGUGGGGGCUGGGUGGUGGAGGGAGGCUUACGGGCCAGUGGACAUGGGGUGCAAUGGACAUAGGCACGGACAGACAGGGGGUGUGCAAUCACCCAGCGGCGACACUCCAACUACACUUGGGACUGUUAAACCCACAGGCAUGGCUUCCACAGACUGUUCCCACAGUACACUGCAAAAAAACAACAACAAAAAAGAAAACAAAAAAUACAAAUUCUGGGGGGAAAAAAAUAAAUGAGAGAAAAGAUGGGGUAAUAAAAUUACACUUUAGAGAUUACCUUAGGUUAACAAACUAUCAAUCAGGAAAUUCUCCAGUCUGUAUUACCUAUUGUGGAAUUUUUCUCCUCUUACUCCAAGAUUGUUCUUUCUUGAAAUAAGUUGACAAAGCUUGUAAAGGAGAAGGUUGGCAGUCAAUAAUCUUACACGUUAUUCUUAAAGUGUCACAAUGGUUUUUUCUCCAUUCUGGAAGAUAAAUCAUUUUGCUGGUAGAGUCUGCUUGUGCUGGUGUAAGGAUUGAAUGUUGAUAUGUUCCAUUGAAAGUGUUAAGGCAAUCUGGCUAUGGAAUUAUGGCUCAAGGUUUACAAAUGUCAGAGAACCAAGGUAAUAUAUAUAAAUAUAUAUAUAUAUAUAUUCUUUCUCAUUUGACCAACUUAAAAAAAGACAUUAUUUACAGAGCUGUUGAAUUGCACAUCAGAAUAUAAAUGCAUUCCUUCAUGACAAUGUUAUCUCUCUAUUGCUAAAGUAAAUAUUGGAUUCAUUUUUACAUCCUUACAGGAAAGAAAUAGAUUAAACUAGUAGAAAAUGCAACCAUGUUAAACUCAUUUGACUUCAUUUAAGGGAAAGCUGUGUAUUUUUUUGUUGAUUUCCAAACUACUUAACACUAUAGUGCACAAAAGUGCUUUGUAUGUGACAUUUACUGACAUAAUUUACCUGUUUUAUCAUUAGAUUUAUAAACAACAUUUAAUCUCAGGUCAUGAAUAGUUUAAAAAAAUCAAACACAUGAACAAAACAAACCAACCUGGCAUCUUGGUGGCUGUUUGCAGUGAUUCAGUCCCACAAACUCAGAGUUUCUGUGGACGUCACUGUUGGUUUGGAAACACGCUAGUCCAGUCAUGUCGGUUCCCCUGUCUCGAGUCUUCUUGCUUUGCCAUUUCAGAGAAAGAGAGAAAGCGCACUUGUCCUAGGGCCGAUGGAUGGUGAUGGUGUAUAUGUCUUUGUUUUGUUUUGUUUGGGUGUUGAAAGUCGUUACAAUCUCCCCAAGGGGGUUUACCUGAUGCUCCUCAGGAGUAUUGUACUCCUAUUGCUGCUGUGCUGUUAUUAUUAUUAUUAUUAUUAUUAUUAUUAUUAUUAUUAUUGCUAGUUCAGUUCAAUCCAAUCAAAUGAGCUGGCAUUUGAAAAUAGUAUUUGCACGGGAAUCUGGUGAUGUGGCACAUUUGGCACAUUUCUCCUUUCCCCUCUACUUUCCCACUCUGAGGAACAUCCUUCGGUUUUUCAGUUCUAGGCAGGCUUGUGAGAAGGUUGGAUUUCAUUCUGUUUUGGAGAAAAAAAAAUGCAUUAAGUUUUGAAGAAAGACGCACACUUCUUUGGUCAUACAUUAGGGCGCUUUUUAACUUUUCCACGUCAAAUCCACAAUGUACACGAUGUGCACAUCAUUCAAUUGGUCAGGUAGGGAGGAAGAACAGGAGGUGGAUUCAUUUUGAAACCCCUUGACAGUCUCCAGACCAUCUCAGUGGUUGGUUUGUUUUAGCAAAGAGAGAUACAUUUAGGUCAGGUUAAAGAUGGCAUAGUUCCCCGUCUCCCUGGCUUAAAUCUUGACUUCUGCUUGUGGGGUGCAGGGGGUCAGACUGCAGUGUUAAGCUGUCUUAAGUGUGUCAUGUCUCUGUCAAAGCACUGAUAUGGCAAGAUCAGUCAUAUUGGAUGUCAUACAGUCCUCAUUAUUACCUCGAAACAGUUCCCCUUCAAGUGAAGAUAAGCCGCCUUAUCCUCUCCAUCUUGGCAGUGACCAGUCUGGAAAGGGAAGAGUCAUUGCGAGUACCAUGUGCCGGGCGUUGGGGAGGACCUAGUGGAUUGGACAGGACAGGAAGACAGCAGGCUCGCUCAGCGUCUCCUGGUGCUAUGCCGUGGUUUCCCACUGUGUUGGCCUUGUGUUGCUGUCAUCAGUGGUCAAGUGGCAUCGGGCCACGAGGCCACUGAAGAAACUGUCUCUGUGCAGCUUUUGAUAUGAUUUUCAUUUGGAGAAAAAAAAGAUGGGGGAAAAAACUCAACCGCUUUUCUGCUCACUGUCUCCUGAUCUGUCUCUCACAUACACACACACACACACACAUGCAGACACACACACACACACACAAACACACACACA